AUGUAUUUUUGGGCAGAGGCUAUGAACACAGCCUGCUAUGUCCAUAACAGAGUAACAUUGAGAAAAGGAACCUCCUCCACUCUCUAUGAACUCUGGAGAGGAAAGAAACCAAGUGUCAAGUAUUUUCAUGUAUUUGGUAGCAAGUAUUAUAUCUUGACAGAUCGAGACCAAAGAACAAAAAGGGAAGACUCCACCUUCAUGUCUCAAAGAAAAUAUGCCAAGAACAUAGUGAAAAAGUUUGGAAUGGAUAGUGCAAGUCACAAAAGAACUCCUGCACAAACACAUCAAAAGCUACACAAAGAUGAAUGGGGCAUAAGUGUUGACCAGAGUUUGUAUAGGAGCAUGAUUGGAAGCUUGCUAUAUCUAACAACCAGCACACCAGAUAUUGCUUUUGCAGUUGGAGUGUGUGCCAGAUACCAAGCAGAGCCAAAGGCAAGUCACUUAAAUCAAGUCAAGAGAAUCCUUAAAUAUGUAAAUGGAACUUCUAACUAUGGCUUAUUGUACACCAACGGAAGUGACCCUGUUUUGACUGGAUAUUGUGAUGUUGACUGGGUUGGAAGUGCUGAUGAUAGAAAAAGCACAUCUGGAGGAUGUUUCUUCCUAGGUAACAAUCUUAUAUCAUGGUUCAGCAAGAAACAAAAUUGCGUCUCCUUAUCUACAGCUGAAGUAGAGUAA